CUGUGACAUGGGCUGAAAAAAGAGGUUGGGCUGGCGUGGGAACUCUUUGCAUCUCGCCUUUUUUCCCAUCAUUUCCUAUGGGAACAUGGCAUCGUCCUUCCCACAACCGCAUCCCCUCCCUUCACAUUCUGGUUCAUAUGCAGGUACAGAUAUCGAUGACCUCGCUUUACUCUCAGCGACAAGCUCCGACGCUAUUGUCUCCCACCUGAGUGCAAGAGCAUCCCGCGGGCAAAACUAUACAGCAUGCGGGUCGGAUUGUCUUGUAGCGGUAUCGAGCUCAGGCUCUCAGGAAAGGGUGCCGGACGAGCAAGUGGAGAACUUUGCUGCAACGUUCAAGAGUUUGCGGGGUAAUUCAAUACAAACCGGCGAUCACAAUUUACCCGCACAUGUGUGGCGGCUGGCGGCGAAUGCGUAUGAAGGUGUGGUAAAAGCAGGAGAAGAUCAGUCAGUGGUUUUCAGCGGAGAGUCCGGAGGCGGAAAGUCCGAGUGUCGCAAAUUGUUUCUUCGUCAACUAGUAGCACUAGGCAAGACACCUAAGAAAAAGUCCCGUGUCUUGUCCGGAGCCGUUAAAAUGGAAACGGUGCUGGAGGCGUUUGGACAUGCUCGACUCCCCCACAGUCCGAAUGCGUCCCGAUUUGGUCGCUAUACAGAGUAUCAGUAUGAUUCGGCAGGAAAGAUGAUUGGUGUCAAGCUUUUAGAGUUUCUUCUUGACCGUCGACGAGUGGCAUUGGGGGCAGACGCUUUUGAAGGCGAACGCAAUUUUAACAUCUUUUACCAAAUGCUGGCUGGAUCAUCGUCCGAAGAUAAGGAUAGAUUAGGACUUUCUUCCGACCCCAGUAGCUACCACUAUUUGGGUGGUAUGGGUCCCACGUCCCGAUCGACGCUAGGUCGGUCAGGGACGCUCUCUCGCAAAACGACUCUCCCACGUAAAGGCACAUUAACUCGCGCACUUUCCCUUCGACGUAAUGGUACCAUCGGCCGAGGAGGCUCCAACAACACAUCGCACCCUAUUCACAACCUCACCUCAGACGAUACAGAGAAAUACGAAUACCUUGGCGAGACUCUAAAGAGUCUUGGCGUUGGCCGUCGCGCUCAGGCACAGCUGACGGAUAUCCUUGCCGCUAUUCUCCAUCUGGGAAAUGUCACAUUUCAAGACGAUCCUGAUCACCCGAACGAAGCCUGUACAGUCAAAAACACGACUGCUCUCGAUCUGGCCGCGGACUUGCUUGGAGUGUCCCCAACCCACUUGGAAACCACAUUGACUUACAAGUCGAAACUUGUCAAGCGAGAACUGUGCUCUGUCAUGUUAAACUCGGAGGGUGCAGAGCAGCAAAGAGACACACUAGCGAGAGCAUUGUAUUCUGGCUUGUUUGCUUGGGUAGUAGAGCACCUCAACCGACGUUUAUGUAAAGAGGAAGGCUCUGUAGCAUCAUUUAUAUCGGUCCUUGAUUUUCCUGGUCAGGCGCGACCAGACGAGCCUUUAAUGGCUAACUUUGACGAUUUUUUAAGCAAUUACGCGAAUGAACGUCUGCUACGUCAUGUUCAAAAACUUCAGUUUGGAACAUUGUACGCUGAACUAGCGUCGGACGGUGUUAACCUUUCCAAAAUUGCAGAGUCCUUUCCCGAUAAUGGACCGAUUCUCAGAAUGUUGACCGGUGGAAAGACGGGCACCUUGGAUGGAAUUUUACCGGUUUUGGAGGAGGAGUCACAACGAGCUACAGAUGAUGCGCAGGCUGGGCAGAGGUUUGGAAAUACCUUGAACACUCACCUUGCCGCAAAUACCCGCUUCGUUCCUGGAAGUCGGUGUCCACCUGCCCUGCUGCCUCCUACCUCGACGGGUGGGCCGCCGGAUGACUUGUCGUCGCUGUUUGGCAUACGCCAUUACUUUGGCGAUGUCACGUAUGAUGCAACGCAGUUUGUCGAGAGAAACACUGAAAUACUCGACGCGGAUUUCGUCACCCUGUUUCGUGGAAUCACGACAGAAGACAAUGUCGUUAUCCAAGCGCCGUCCAAGAAUGCCUUUGCCGCACACUUGUUCUCAUCAAAGGUCGGGGUUGCAACUCAAAGUACACCAAAGCAUCCCGCAACCAUCGUGAGUGCUCGACGAGCGGACCGACCAUUACGCCGACCCAGCACGAAGCGGAGGCGGAACGCGAGUCCAAAGGAUGAAGUCCCUGAAGAUUCAGAAAAGCUCGGCACUGUUUCUGGGACCUUUGUAGAGUCUUUGGAGGAAGUCCUUGACGCCAUAAAAGGGACAAAAGCGUGGACAGUUUAUUGUAUCCGGGGCAACGACGGGAACAAAGAGUUUGACGGUGGCGUUGAUAUGGCCACUGUUCGAAGGCAGGUCAAUGCACUCGGAAUACAGGCGUUGGCGGAACUCCGGUCAGUGAUCGACGUCUCGGUGAAGGGAAUGGAGUACGAUGCCUUUGUGGGACGUUAUGCACCUGUCAUCGGAUCGCUCUCUCGUGGUCGCGAUCCAAAGUCCAUUGUGAACGAAUUUUUGAAGACGACAGGGUGCAACCAGCGAGAGGUGGCCAAAGGCAAUAGUAAAGUGUUCUUGAGCGAUGCUAAAUGGAAGUGGUUAGAUCUCAUUUUGGAUGAGAGAGAGCAGGAGGUACCGUUGGCUGCAACCGCGGCCGCUGCUGUGGGCGGGUAUGGUCAGACGCAAGCGCCACCUUCUAUCUCGCAUCCUUCCUCGUCCUCGAGCAGUAAACGCGGCUCAGUGGGCUCGUCCAGCAGCACUGUGGGCUUCGCAGCAUCUGGUUAUGGGCCAGCCCGACAGGGCCGACCCAGAGUUGAUACACAAAUGACGGGCAGGGAGAGACCCAUAUCCGCAUAUAGCGAGGAUGAUGGCUAUAGCGAUUCUGAUUCCGUCUACGGGUCAGAGUUCAGUUACGGUGCCGAAUCCGCAUAUGAGAAGCGGCGAUCCAAAGCCUAUAUGGAACUGGAAAUGGGCAAAAUAUCUGGGACUUCGCCACUACCCCCAAAGCACGCACAGAGCUCCCCGAAACCGAAACGCAAAUCAACGGCUACGCGGCGAAACUGGGUGUGCAUUACUUGGUGCCUCACCUGGUGGAUCCCAUCCCCAUUUUUGCGUUGGUGCGGAGGAAUGCAGCGCCCCGAUGUUCGCAUGGCGUGGCGUGAGAAAGUGGCACUCUGCAUCCUCAUUAUGGCCAUGUCUCUCGCCUUGUUGUUUUUCAUCAUAGGCCUCAGUUGGAUUGUUUGUCCACCACAGAGAAUCCGCACGCCAGACGAAAUUGCGUCGAUGUCAUCGAACAAAUCCCCAUACGUCUCCGCAUAUGGCAGAUACUACGAUGUGAAAGAUCUCAUGAGUUCCCAUCUGAACUCUUUUGGAACUGGUCCAGCUGCUAUCCACGAUUAUGAUCUUGAGCCCCUUUAUGGUAACGACGUGUCUAAUUUGUUCUUUAGGACGGAUCAAUGGGACCAGUAUUGUGAAGGAUUCACAAAGCCACAGGCUGGGUGGGAUAAUAUUGAUCCAACUCCUGCCAAUCAGGCACCGUGGAGCACGCGACCCAGAGACAUGAGGCUAUGGCAUCGGGCUACUGAUCCGGACGGAGGAGUGCGGCAGUACGUUGAGUAUAUGAAUAAGUAUGCUCAAGGUCGGGUUGGGUGGAGUAUGGAGAGAUUGAACAGUUUACGGAGUAAUACCAAGAUUUAUGUCAGGAUCUACUCGAACGUUUACUACCUGACCACGUACUUCAACAUCGCACAGCGCCCUUUCUCUCCGACAGCUACUGGCAUUCUCGACCAGGCGCCCAAUACGCUUGAUCUCACAUCCACCUGGAACAACUACCGUAACCAGGAUCGCACGGAAGCUGACCGCACACUCCGCUGUCUUAAUGCCAUGUUCUACAUCGGUACCGUUGAUACGCGUAAUACCGCCGCAUGCCGCUUCACGAAUUGGGUGCUCGUUGCAGCAUCUAUUAUUCUCGUUGCCGUGAUUGGAUUCAAGUUUGUGGCCGCCCUGCAGUUUAGGAGUAAGAAGGACCCUGAAGAAUGCGACAAGUUUGUCAUGUGCCUCGUGACUGCAUAUACAGAAGGAGAAGACGAGUUGCGCAAAACGAUUGAAAGUAUUGCAGUAAAUAAGUAUGAUGAUCGGCGAAAGUUACUCUUUGUUGUGGCCGAUGGGAUGAUUGUUGGAAGUGGAAAUGAUCGCCCAACCCCACGGAUAGUUCUUGAUAUCCUUGGCGUUGAUCCCGCCGUCGAUCCGGAACCGUUGGCGUUCAGAUCCCUGGGUGCCGGUACAUUGCAAUAUAACCUGGCCAAGGUUUAUUCUGGUCUCUACGAAAUCCGCGGGCAUCGGGUGCCGUUCAUUGUUGUAACAAAAGUUGGGGCACCACAUGAGCGCGUCAAACCUGGCAAUCGAGGCAAACGCGACAGUCAGCUGAUUUUGAUGAGAUGGUUGAGUCGAGUUCAUUACGGUGCCGAGAUGACGCCUUUGGAGUUGGAGCUUUGGUUUCACGUUGAAAGGAUUAUCGGUAUUCGACCAGAGUUUUAUGAGUAUAUUCUCAUGGUUGACGCGGACACUUGUGUGGAUGAUCGAGCGAUUAACGGGUUGAUUAGCUUUAUGGUAGACGAUGCCAAGGUGAUGGGUCUUUGCGGUGAAACCAGAUUGUCAAAUGAAAAAACAAGCUGGGUCACAAUGAUACAAGUUUACGAAUACUUCAUUUCCCAUCACCUUUCGAAAGCCUUUGAAUCGCUCUUUGGCACUGUCACAUGUCUACCUGGAUGCUUUUGCAUGUAUCGAAUCCGGACACCGCCCAGUCCUUCUAAUCCAUCCACUCCGCUCCUCGUCUCGGAAGGUGUGCUGCACGAGUACAGCGAAAAUAAUGUCGAUACGCUUCAUAUGAAAAAUUUGUUGUCCCUGGGAGAAGACCGGUACCUCACUACCGUAAUGCUCAAAAAUUUCCCUGGCAUGCGUACCAGUUUCACUCCUUCUGCCAAAUGUACUACAACAGCCCCAGACCGAUGGUCGGUUCUCCUCUCGCAGCGCCGUCGAUGGAUCAACUCGACAGUUCACAACCUUCUCGAACUUACGACCCUGAAAGACCUUUGUGGUUUCUGUUGCUUUAGUAUGCGCUUUGUGGUGGUUGUUGACCUUGUUGCAACAUUUGUCCAACCGGCGGCCGUGAUAUAUAUUGGAUACUUGAUCUUUUUGUUGGCGACUGGUGGAUUCAGUCGAACGGGAGGAAAUGGGAUGGUGUUCCCGGUUCUGAGUGUGGUCCUGAUAGCGGCGAUUUACGGAUUCCAAGUGAUUAUUUUUGUCUUGAGGAGGCAGUGGCAGCAUAUUGCCUGGAUGAUCAUUUAUCUUUUGUCUCUGCCCGUUUUCUCCUUUUUCAUUCCAUUAUACUCCUUCUGGCAUUUCGAUGAUUUCUCAUGGGGUAAUACUCGAGUCGUAAUGGGAGACGGGCGUAAUGGUAAAAAGACGAAGAAAAUGGUCGAAGUUGAAACUGGCAAAUUCGAUGAACGUCUCGUUCCGUUGGCAAAAUGGGAUGACGCACGAAUGGGUAAGCGACACAGCUGGUGGGAUAGCGGCGAGCACCUCCAGAGUCGUAAUGGCAGCCGGGAGAGUUUUUACGCUACGUCCGUGAAUGGUGGCUAUCCAGUCUCUGGAUAUGGUGCGUAUCCACCCUCCAACUAUGCUCCGUCCUAUCAUGCUCCCUCCAACUACGCACCGAGUCAGUACGGCGGACCAGAGGUGGCGGACCCGCAUGAUCACACAUACGUGGCCGCCUCACCAGCGCCACCUCGCUCUUCCUUCUCGUCGGCACAGGGCCCGCGUCUUUCCUUCUCCUCAUCGCGUCCAUCCUCUGAAUCACUUCUAAGUGAAAUCCGUCGCAUUCUCUCCACAGCGGAUUUGAUGACAGUCACCAAGAAACAGGUCCGAGAUGAGCUAUCAAAUCGAUUUGGAAUCGAUCUGAGGACGCGAAAGGAAGAAAUCAAUGGGUUGGUGGAUGAGGUUUUGCAAGAGAUGAGCGGGAUGUGAUGCAACUGGUUCUAUGUGACCUGGAUCCAAGUUGCUGUUUUCUUUUUUUUUUUUUGCAUUUUCGCAUCGCUUUUUUGGAUAUAGUUUUUCCAUGUAGGUAUCGUGGGACAGUAGUGCUUCUAAUGGCGUAGUGUAGCUAGUGGCAUGUAUACUGUAGCGAUUUUGGAUUCAUUUUUUAUUUAGUGGAUGCAGGAGAUGGUAGACGAUGGGUCAUUGCUGUGUUGGUUGGACAGACGUCUUCUCACAUGUAGUUAGUGCAUAAUGUUUUACUCUUUUUUUUUUCUUUUAAUCUGAACAUUAC